AUGGCCUUCCCAGAGCAGACCCCAACCCACGCAGCUCCCAGCGCGGAUGUUGAGAAAGUAGGAUCAGCGCCUCUUCUCAACCCAUAUCCAGACUAUCAGGCGACCUACAGCGUUCAACACAUAGUUCCAGUCGUUGACCAACGUCCCCGCAGACGGGCUAAGGUUCGGUUCUUGCACGCCUUCGUUCUUGCAGGACUCCUAUUCUUCUUUCUGCCUCCCCUCACGACCCACGCAAUCCGAGGGAGCACGCAUAUACUCAAUCAUUGGUUCGGAAAAGACCGUAAGACCUCUAUGCCGCUUCUCGUUGAAACUCCAGAGUCCUGCGUUGAGACUGCAUCGUGGACACAUGGACCGCCACGCCAACACUACCAGUUCGCUCAUUCCGCUGAGACAUCCUUCGAGCUCCCUCUGUCCUCUGAUAUCUUGUUCUUCUUAUCGCGCGGCCAUGCUGCCUUCGCACACGGCUCGAUCGAGAUUUCGGACACUGGCAAAGAGGGAUCCGAUAUGGCGCAAGUAGAUAUUGUUGGGCACUACAAUGACAUCGACGACUUCCUUGGCCUUACCUCGGUCUGCACUCUACAGCCGGAGGAUGGACACAACGGCGUUGGCAUUUUCGCUCCCCUUCACUGGUCUGGUCAUCACGAUUCACGCCGUCAGAUCAGAUUCCAAGUGUUUGUUCGUUUACCAGCAUCGUCCAGCAGCAGCACGGCAACUUCGAUCAAGAAGCUAGCCACCGAUAUGAGUCAGUUCGUUCAUUAUGUUGCCGACAUUAAGGAUACCAUCUUCUUUGAUAAGUUGAUCCUGCGGGGCGCCAAUGCGCCCAUUCACGUUGAGACGCUGUUUGCUGAAGUUGUCGACGUGCACACAUCCAAUGGACCUAUCCAUGGAUCAUUCAAUGCGUCGAAGGCGUUGUUACUGCACACAUCGAACGCCCCCAUCAAAACGGAUAUCGGUCUGUUCAAUGCUGCCGACGACACCCACACCGAGUUGUCUCUGCACACGUCCAACGGUCCCAUCGCCACCAAUAUCAGCCUGUUUUCCAUCGCUGACAACAGUAUGGGCGGCACGUUCGACGUCGACAUCCACACGUCGAACAGCCCUAUGAACGUCGCGUUCCUCGAGGCGCCUGUCGACCACACGUUAAACAUGAAGGCACACACGUCGAAUUCGCCUGCCCGUGCGACAUUGCACAAGACAUACGAAGGCAGCUUUGCGCUGUCGUCUUCACGCUUCUUCCGCCCUAGCGUGCAUGCGGAUAACAGUGUCGAAGAUCCCGCUGGGCACCAGCGCCAGCGUACUGUGCGGACGAACACGAUCGCGGGCUCACUGGUGAAGGGUGACGUCAAAUGGAUCCCUUCUGAGCGCGAGACGGAGGUUGGCCGUGUGGAGAUUUCGACUUCUAACUUGGGUUUGGAUCUCUUCCUCUGA